AUGCUCAUCCGCAUGCUCAUCCGCAUUUCACCCCAGGGAGCUCCCCACUCCCUUACCGCCCGUUCCCACUGGAGCGUGACAAGCCCGUUACCACCGGCGAUCCCGGAACGAAGCGCCGCAUUGCUUCUUGCUCCUCCUCCAUGGCGCGGGAUGGAGCGCUCCCCAAUCCUCGCCCUUCCAAUCGGCACACGCAGCCUCGUACCCGCGGGGCAGGUGAAUAUCACGUCAGCCCGCUUCGGCGCUCGCACAGGCCGCAUGAAACGCGUCAUUCAGCCCACUCGGAAUCAAGCGGCGCGUCAACACGCGCUUGAAUCUCGACUUAUGGCCCUGCUCAACGGCGACACUUCCUCUGAUCCUGACAACAAUGCACCUCCCAUCGACAACCAAGAGGCCGCGGACGACGGAAUGGACUGGGAGGAUGAGGGGGCUGAAGGGACAGCGGAGCCUCCAAUCUUCGCGCCAACGACGCCAAUUCAAAUGGCGCUUCCCACAUGGGCUUCGCACCCCAGGCAAAGCUCGAAUGCUAGUCUUCUCGGCGCUUGGAACGUGCUUCUCGCUGAGCUGGAAGCUCCUUGGGCCAAUUUCCAUGCCGCAACAUAUGCAUCACCACCCUCCCAUAUUGUCGCCUCCAUCCACCACCCUUGCGGAUCAGGAUGCGUCUCAUCGACACGCAGCACUGUGCAGUGCCUGUACCCCACUCACAUGCAAUCUGUUUCUAUCACGACUUGCGCAUGCAAAUCUUUGGGCGCCAUUCUUGUCGAACACGGUGUAUUCCCUGCGUCUCCACGCCGGCCUCGCAUUGGCAUGUCAAUCGACUUACUGGAGCUCUACCGGGCUGUCUUUGAGCGGUCCUGCGAUGCAAUCACAGCGCUGGCUCACGCGCUUCGAACUGUCUAUCAGCGUCGGGGAUAUCAUGUCCUAUCGAACACAAAGCCGGGUGCUCGUUCGACAGAUCCUUUUCGACAAAGCCUGACACAGGCUGUAUUGUGGUCUAGCAACCUACGAGACCGCUUGCAAUUGCGCAUGGACACACUCUUAGCAGCCGCAGAAGAGGCUAUUUCCCUCAAUACAGAUAACAAUACGUCUCCAUUGCCUUCUUCGCCUCCGCCGCUGCCUCCACCACUGCCUCCGCUGCCGCCUCUGCCGCCGCCACCACCGCCCGCCACCGCCGCCACCUCCGGCUCCAUCACCACGACCUCCUACCGAAUACUGCGUGAACGCUGCCCUCUGUGCUUCAGUGCAACAGAAUGGGGACGCCCCUUGAAUAUCGGUGGGGACGUCCAGUUGGCAGGUGAUGCAUGCUUUAGCUACCGACAUCUUCGAUCGGCAGGUGAUGGUCCAACGGGAUAUUACCCUCGAUUCUUUGUCUCGAAGGAGAGGAUUGAGGCUGUCAAGGCACGGAUGAAUGAAGCGAGGAGGCGUCCGGUCCAAGUACCAGAUGAUGGGUGCUCUGAAAACUGGAGUGCUGCUAACGAAAAGAAAAGGCUGGCAGACCCAAGACGAUAUGAUGCAAGCGGCAUCUUUGCCCUUACCUGCCGUCAUUCACAGGUCCUCUUUACGUGUAACAUUGAUACACCAGGGGAGCAACACCACUAUAUUGUUGCAUUGCUGGAGGAGGUUCUGUCCCAUCUCCCUCCGGAGGCUACCCUCUGGCAGGCAUACGAUGUUGGUUGUGUUGUAGAUCGGUCGCUUAAUUUGUAUGAUAUCCUUCAUCCUGGAGUUCGGGAGCGUGUAGCAUUUGUGCUCAAUGCCAUGCAUGCCUAUGGACAUGAAUGGAGCUGUCAAUUGAAGUAUAAUCCUCGGAUGGUUGUUGGAAUGGGCUUAACUGACAAUGAAUGCAUUGAGCGCCUCUGGUCACGUAUUCGAAAACUGAUCCCAAUCACCCGUGGGCAAUGGAACUCAAGAAGGAUCUGGACAAUAGAUCAAUAUGUUGCCUUUGUCAAUGAAGAUGGCUUUUACAACCUUGGAAACUGGAUUGUUCGCCAAGACAAGAACUGCGCAAACAAGUAUAAAGCUGCCCGGAUGACUCUUCUGCGAUCUGGAGUUCCGAUUUCAGAGCUUCGCACAGAGUGGGAGGCCCAAAGAUUGGCACAGAGUGCUAUUCGUAGACAUGCCCCGAAGCGCUUACAGCGUGAGCUGGACAAAGUGAUUGCACUGCAAGCCCAGAUUGAUCUGGUGGAAAAGUCAAUCCUUGAAGUUCGCCAAACGAUACCUGGCGACAGAUCAGCUAAUGACACAAAGCAACUCUUACGCCAGCUUGAGACAACACACUCUGAGCUUUCACAACAAGCGGAGGCUCUUUAUGCCUCUCUCAACAUCUCUGGAAUCUACCCAGCACUGGAGGGCCUCCCACCAGAGGUUGCCCGUCUUCUUCUAAUGAUGCGUGACCUCAAGAUCAGUAUACGGAGAAAGGCUGUUGGGUCUUUUCAAGAGUGGGAGACACUGGACCAAGCAGUUUCAGGCCGACGGGAGCCACUUGGUAUCUUUUGA